CACCAGCACUUGCCCGAGGUGCGCCGGAUCAAGGCGCACACGCACCUGCCCAAGCGGGUGCUGAAGGCGGCGCUCGUCAAGAAGACAGUGCGCGGCACGCAGCAGAAGCGCGAGAAGAACCGGCGCGCGCACUCGGCGCCGGGGGCGGUGCCAAAGGUGCAGCGGAAGAAGAAGCAGGUGUGGAGCGUGCAGGAAUGA